GUUUUUCUUUCUUUCUUUCUUUUUUUUUUUUUUUUUAGAGUCAGACAAGUACAACACCAGAAAAGAUUAACAAACUCAGUAAUUAUUAUUUGGCAUUAAUACAAAAUUCCAAAGGCGAGGGGAAGAUGCAUUUUUUAAAAAUUCACCAGCUUUAAAGUUCAAAGGAAAAAAGGCCAAUAGUUGUUUUCAUCAAGAGCAGCUGUACAUUUCACAUAAUUGUUUCAAAAGAAAGACUAUUAACAACAGUGUCUGUUUAAUGCUGCAAGUUUACAGCAAAGACAAAACUAAAUAGCAAAUUCACAAGGCAAUACUUCCACAGAACUAUCAUCCCAUGUCUCAUGCAGUGCCUAAAAGAUGCUCUCAAUUGGAUAUACAAGUAUAAUUCACAUUAAAAAAAAAGAGAAGAAAUGUAAAUGUGACACACAGAUACAUUAAAGGCUGAGUAGUAAUGAGUGGUUUUAGCAUUUGCCUUUUUGAGAGGAGAAUAUGUUUGUCAUCAAGCACUUGAAUCCUUUCCCCAGGUCACUACAGGAAAAGAUAUUUUCACUAAAGUGCAUCAGCACACUGAGAGCAACACACCACCACAGCGGUUAAUUUUGGAAAGGCUGCUGUAACCUCCACUAGUGACUGACAUUUAACAGAAGACAGAUUGAAGCAGGCAGCAACAUUGAAUGCUUUAUCAGGGCAACUGCUGAAGGUCUUCUCUCUGGAUCUGGACGAAUCAUAAAUUUGAGCAACUCUGCAAAUUCUUGGAAAAGCCUGUGUAGUAUCUGAGAUGUGCCUUUCGUCUUCCGACAUGAGUGAGAGGCCUCCCCAGCGAUGUGGAAUUCUUGGGUAUGUCUUUAUCAGGAGCCUGAAAAUGGACCAGUACCCCCAGUCAUCUUCAUCCCCUUCUUCAGAGGCUGCCUUGGGGAUUGAGGUUUGAGACAUGGAAAUAUUACCAGGUUACAUGUCCAUGUGAAUCAAAGACAUCGAAUGAAUAUACCUCAAGUACCGGCCAACUUGCAGAAGGAGAUCCUUCACCUCUGCUUGUUAAAAGUAACUUGUGAUUCUGGAAUUUUUACUUGUAGCAUCAACUGACCUUCCACCAUCACAAUAUCCAUUCUGUGGAAGCAUAUGAGCAUCUGCCCAAGCAGACAAGUGUCAAACUCCGCGAAUGCUGUCCGAGCACUGCGUGAGCAUACACUUCUCUGAAAGCGUUCUGCUCAUCAACAGAGCCAGCCAGUGACUUUUCUGAUCGCUUAAUGCACCUAUCCAGUCUCUCCACAGGCGGACCCUGGGUCUGCCAGGGGUGCUGGCGUCGGGGUGGCCCUGGCACUGUCCCUAGCCCCAUUCUCCAGCCCGUGCAGCACCAUGAGGUGGGACGCCUGGGCGUGUCCUGGGCUGUGGCCCACCUGCGACACCAGCUGCCUGCAGGGCCAGACCCAGCUCCACCCCUCGGGGCUCCGCGGCUCAGGGCUCGCCCAGGGCGCUGGGCCCAGCUUCCUCUUCGCCGCCCACGGUGUCCGCUCCGGCCCUGGCUUGACCGACGGCUACUGGUCCGGGUGUGGCUCGGGCUCGGGGCGCGCCCCUCCCAUCUCUGCAGGGUCCGCGUCCUCGCCGCUGUUGGGCCCCGCCGAGACCCCCGGUGGCCCUGGCUCCAGAGGCUACAGCGUCGCCAUCUCCGGGCAGACUGGGGCUGCGCAGCGCGGCCUGGGGUGCGGGCAGCGGGGCCCCCGGGACCUGCUCAGAACCGCGGGUCCUGGGGCCGCCCGCCCCGCACAGCUCCAAGCGAGUUUGGGGAGGGAGAUACACUCUCAGCCCAUCUCGCCGUGCCCGACAGCGCGCAUCAGGAGGGCAUCAAAGGUGUUUUAGUAGAGUGGCAGUGGACAGCGGCAUCCAUGCAGAAGGAGCAGCUUGUGGACAGAGUCACAGGCUGGUUAACUGGUGACAAAUUCCUGAAGGUGCCUGACAAAUUCAAGGAGAACCUGUUCCCAGAUCAGCUGGGGUCUGGGUUUUGUGUUCGCCUUUUCUCAAUGCUCCAGUGAGGCAGGACAGUGGGGCCAGAUUGCACUCAACCAUGGUCAAGGGCUCCCCUACAAGCUGGGGAGGACUAACUCCCUUCUCAGCCCAGGGACACAGAAGGUUAGAGCAGCCUGUCCAGUGGGGAUUUGAGCUCAGAGAGGGGAAGCCACUGUCUCAGAGUCACAGAGAAGAUUAGUGGCAGGCCCAGGUCCUGGAUCCGCAAGCUCUUUGUUUCUGAAGAAAUAUUCCACCCCAGGGCAUGAAAGUUAUCUGAGCGCUGACUCCCUGGCAGGUGAGGUCAUUUUGCCCAUUCUCUCCUUUCACCUUCAUUGUGUGUGUGGUUUGUGUAAAUGUACCCAUCGUAUGGUGGAAAACUUAGGCUCAGAGAGAGGCAAAGGCCUGUGCAAGGCUACAGAACUCAGAAGUGCCUGAGCAGAAACAAGGACCAGACAGACUUUCCCUUGACUUUGCUCUAGUCCAUCUGGAGGUGGGGCAAUUUGUUGGGGGACCAGAGGCCAUCAGCAGCCCUCUUGGUGGCCAUGUGGGCUCAGGGGAGAUGUGCAUGAAAAAGCUGCAGGCCAUGAUGCUUUCACCCUCACCCAUUUCUAAAGGGGCAGGAAUCUUUGCAUGGCACAGACGCCUGGUUUGCCAAAAUGACCCUCCCUUCCCUGCCUCUGGCCCCAGAGGUGAGUCACAGGUGGGUGAGGGUGGUGUUAGGCAUGGGCAGGGUGAUGUUGCUAGCACACUCUUCAAGCCCUGCUUCAACCCAGGAAACUGGGUUUGUCAGGCAAAGCCCAGAUAUAUUGUAUCAAAAUCUGGAUUUCAAAUAAUGUUUUCAGGUGAUUUGCAUGCACAUUGAUAAUUUUAACUGGCAGUAAUUCUAUAAUUGAAAGGGAAAAGAAUAUAUAGAUAUAUUGACUUGUCAAAAAGGUACAGUAAAGACUGUAUAUUUCAAGGCAUAUACAUCUUAUCUUACAAAAAAUAACUAAAAACAAUAAUAAAGGGGAUAGGGAAUGAGUUGAAGUAGAAAUUAAACAAAUAGGGCAUAAUUAGUAGAUAUUGAGGCUGAGCAUCAGCUCAUACUAUUUUGGUUAUUGUGUAUAGGUUAAAAUAUUCUCUAAUAAAACACUUGUAUAAAAAGAAAAACUAUAACAUUAGCUCUUAAGAUCGUGGUUAGGUUUGGGGAGGAGGAAAAGAGGAAGGAAGUGGUUUGUGGGCAAAAACAGGGAUAGUUCUAUAGUUACACAAAUGUAUUAGCUUUGUUACAAGUUAUUGAGCGUUACAUUAAUAUUUUAUUGUGCAUAUGUUUCUGUAUGCAUGUUAUACAUCAAUAAAAUUUUAAAUAUUUAUUAUUUAAUCCUAA